UCAAACGGAAAUACGUCAUGGAACUAGGAAAUAUGGACUGCUGGCGGGAAAGAAGAAAUAUAAGCAUAUGUAAGAAACAACUAAACAGUUGUAGUGUUACAUUUUGAUGACAUUUUGUUUCGAAAGCCGUUCGGGUUGAAUGCUAAUAGAUUCCAUGUUAUUCAAUGCAAUGCAAAAAUAUUGUAUUGCACCCAGUCAUCUUAAACAACGCUGAACACUGGCAAACAUCUAAACAAGGGUCGACAACCGAUAGGGCAAUGGUCCAAAUAAUAAUAAGAAGCAGUGUGGGCAGUGGUGCCGCUGCAGAGUGGCUGCUGGUUGAACUGCAAGGUGAAGUGGUAUCUAGGCAGAACUCUGGUCUAGCAGGGAAUGCCAUGGGGGAUCUGCUCUACACUAAGGAGGGUAUUCCUGUGCUUAUAGUCGGCCAUCACAUCCUGUAUGGUAAAGUGGUCAAACUGGAGAAGCCUUUCGCCGUCCUCACCAAGCUCCCUGGUCACGCACAGGACGCCGCCAGCCAUGACGACAACAACCAGGUACCCAUGGAAACCGACAGCCAAGGAGAUCCUUCCUGCACCUCCUACUCGGUGACAGCCCUUAUCAAGAAGAAGCUCAUUUUCAAGACGCGGCCCAAGCCAAUCAUUACAAAUGUGCCUAAGAAGGUGUAAACCAAGAAACUGUUUUGUGUCUGUGCACAUACCUGGUGUGGUGGGUAUAAAAUAUGAAUAGAUAGAUCUUUGCAACACAUCUAAUAAAGUAGUUGAGGUGCUUUUAAGUAUUUGCA